UGGACUAUAGGGAAAACCACGUAAAAAAAUGCGCUGGGAAUAUUACUUCAUAGGUAGUGUGGAAAUGAACUCAUGUUUUAAUUUGUAUUAAAAUAAUAUAAUAUAUAAAUAUUCACUAAUUAUUUUUAAGAAAAUAUUCGAAAAAUUCUUAUUUUUGUUGCAGAUUUAUAUACUAAUUCUUAUGUGUCAAUUAUAUUUAUUAUUUUUUAUGUAUUUAUCGUAAAACAAAUAAGUACCGACAUCGUAUCUAGCACGGAUCACUGCGAGAAGCACGAUACUAUCAAAGAAAGAUAUAUAUAUAUAUAUGAAAGACUGAAAAGUGUGCGUUCAGAAUCUACUAAACUAUUUACUCUGCUCACAUGAAACCAAUUUAUGUCACAUAAGAGGGGGGAAUAACCAAACAAGCUUACAUACUGAUCUGAUGUUGGCAACAUUGAAAGCACAGAACAGGUUAACUGUGGAACAAGUAGCGUGGUUUGUGUAAUGGAAUUAGAACGUCCUGAUCGAUUAAGCCAUUGCACAUGGAGAGCAAAUGCGACAAAUACACCACACACAAUAAGAAAAGAAUUUUCAAAUCGAAAUAAUGUUUUACCUAACAUUUUGGAAGCUAUUGGUCAAACUCCUAUGGUACGUUUAAAUACCAUUCCACAAUUACAUGGACUAGAAUGUGAAAUAUUUGCAAAAUGUGAAUUUAUGAAUCCUGGUGGUUCUGUGAAAGACAGAAUUGCUUAUAGAAUGAUCCAAGAUGCAGAAGAAAAAGGGAUAUUAAAGCCAGGUUCUACUAUAAUUGAACCAACAAGUGGUAACACAGGGAUUGGUCUAGCAAUGGCUGCAGCUGUUAAAAGAUAUAGGUGUAUUAUUGUUAUGCCGGAAAAGAUGUCCAAUGAAAAAGUACUUACUCUACGUGCACUUGGAGCUGAAAUAGUUAGAACACCAACAGAAGCAGCCUGGAAUAGUCCUGAAAGCCAUAUUAGUAUUUCUCAAAAACUUCAAAAAGAAAUUCCUAAUAGUGUUAUUCUUGACCAAUACACAAAUAGUGGAAAUCCUCUGGCUCAUUAUGACCAAACUGCAAUGGAAAUUUGGAAACAGUGUGAUGGAAAGUUAGAUUAUGUCGUAAUUGGUGCUGGUACAGGAGGAACUGUCAGUGGCAUUGGACGUAAAUUGAAAGAAUUACAUCCUGAAGUAACAAUCAUUGCAGUUGAUCCUAUCGGCAGUAUUCUUGCAUUUCCAUCUGAGUUAAAUGAACAUGAUGUUAGUUUUUAUGAAGUAGAGGGAAUUGGAUAUGAUUUUCUACCUACUGUGCUGGAUCGUAAUGUAGUAGAUAAAUGGGUAAAAGUUAAUGAUUCUGAAUCACUAAAUGCAGCACGCAUGCUUAUCAAACAAGAAGGAUUAUUAUGUGGAGGUAGUAGUGGUGCUGCUUUGUCUGCAUUUCUAAAAAUUGCAAAAGAUAUCCCUGCAAAAAAACGUGUUGUUAUUAUCCUACCUGAUGGGAUACGAAAUUAUAUGACUAAAUUUGUAUCUGAUAAAUGGAUGGAAAUUAGAGGCUUUUUGGACAUACCAUCACUAGAUGAAUCAAAUAAAUGGUGGUCCAAUUACCCAGUUUCAACUUUAUCCAUAACUAAACCUCCUCUAUUAUCCAAAACAGCUACAUGUCAAGAAGCUAUCCAUAUUCUUAAAACCACAAAUUCACAUCAAGUUGUAAUUAUUGAUAAUGAGGAAAAAGUUAAAGGUGUUCUUACAAUGCAAGUACUUAUGAGUAAGCUAAUAUUUGGUGGAAUUAAACAGACAGAUUGUGUAGAAAAUAUUAUGAUAAAACAUUUCGUAAAGGUCUUAUCUACAACAACUCUUGUAAAACUUUCAUUAGUUCUCGAACAUGAAGCUUAUGUAGUUGUUGUAGAUCAUAUAAACAAUGAUGCUUUAAUUGGAAUUAUAAAUCCUUCUGACAUUGUUAAUUUUAUUUCUAGUAAGGACAAUACUUUACAAACUAAUGGAUCCACAUAAGUUUUUGUAUAUCGCUGUUUUUAUAAUUUUAUAUUAAUAAAUUAAUGGAACAAUAUAAAAUUGUAGACAUAUGUAAUUUAUAUUAAAGAAUAUUAUGGUGGAGUAAGAAUUAAAUGUCUUGAAAACUGCUAAUUAUUCCAUUAUGUUUAUAAAGUUGCAAAAGCCUAGACAUCUAUAAGUGCCAAUAAAUUAUAAUGUUAUAUAAUACUUA